GAAUAACAAAUAUGGUGCACUGUCAAAUGAAUGUGGUGAUGCUCAUUUCCAGUAUGGUAAAAGUCUUUUAGAACUAGCAAGGUAAUGCAUUAUUUCUUGUCUGUGUAACAAAAAUCCCAAUUUAUUAUCAGUGCCUGUUCCUUAUUUGUGCUGAUUGGGAUUUUAUUAAAUAAAAUUAUUGUCUUCAGUAGUCUUUCAUCACAAAGCACAUGAUGAACCACUUUUUCUUGACAUCGAAUAGUGUAGUUAACCCAACUCACAUUUCAUUUUGUGAACCACUUUAAUUUUGCAAUUGAUUGUUAUUUUAUUCAAUUUUCUACAGGCAGAUUUACAAUAUAUAUUAUGUUUAAGUUUGUAAGAACAUGGCAGAAACUCUGCAAUUCAAAUGAAAAGUGGAAUAAUAUUCAGAAUAUAAUAUUCAUGGAAUAAUAUUUCUGAAUAUAUUUUAUAAUUAAAUUGUUCCACAGUUAAUAUGGCAUUUUUGCUGGAUUAAUUUAAUUUUCCCCCUAUCAUGCAUUCUCAUGAAAUAUAUGCACAUGAAAUAUUUCAAUGCAUUGUAUUGUAAAACUUUUCUCUUCAAUUCUAUAAUCAAUUCAUCACAGACUAUUUUGUAUGUGCAUAAAUGAAUAAUUUUCACUCGGGAGUGACCUGAAAAGUAGCCUGUAACACAUUUCAGUAAUACAUAUGCCAAGUGAAAUAAAUUUGAAUAUCUGCAUAUAUAUACAAUUUAGAUAAACCAGGUUUAAAAAAUCACAUAACUGUCUGGUGAAUGUUUAGUCAAUAUUAGCCUAUAUUUAUACCUAUAUUAAGGUUUUUACAUGACUUUUUCUUAGAACUAACGAAUUAUUUCAAUAACGAAAAUAUAUGCAUACGGUAAUCAGGGUCUUAGCUAGGAUUUUAGAUCUUGGGCGUGUUUCUAAAUUACCAGGGUGUGCCCAUGUCAAUUACCUUGAAUGGCCAAAUUCACGGUACUAGUCAUGCUCGCUAACAACAGACAAUGCCUGUGGUUGUUGUAUGCUUUGCAACCAAAUACAAGGCGAGCAUACGCUCACAUCGCAUACUGACAUGGAAAUAGUAAGUUAUUUCAGCAACUCUUGGGGGUAUUUAAAGCCAUUUUAACACCAUAUGGUUCCCAUUAUCCAUCAAAACAUUAAAACAUCACGGAUCACUUUUGCCAAUUUCAAAAAUUACAAUAGAUUUUACAAACUUUCUUACGACGUAAAUAGAAAGAAAUUCUGUCUGUUGUAAGUAGCAACACCUUAUUUUAUGAACCUACACAGCCUUAUAAAAAUAAUGAAGCCGCUUUCAUUUUAUCUAGCCGUGUUUUUCCAUUUUUGCCCGCGAUAACACGGCCAACACGGCCCUCUAGCUAAGACCCUGACGGUAAUCUUAAUUUAUAGAUUGGAGAGUGGAGUCUUAGGAAGUGCCAUUAAAGAAGGUACGAAAUCCCUUUAAAUCCACCUGUGUUUACAUCACCAUUAAUUUAAUACAGUAUACAUAUAUCACAGCAUUUCAUAACAUUUUGUAUCAAGGUACUUUACAACUGUAAGCAGGCUUUUAGCCCUGCAAUGUCAAAACUAGCCGUUCAAAACAUACUGUACGUGGGUGAUAAUUUUGCAUCAAAAAAAUUUUCAACGACAUGCAGUAUUGUAUGUUAACAAAAACAUAAAGUCAAAGAUGGAUUAGCGCUACCCUGGAUUAAACGUUAACCUGCUGUUUUGGUUUGGGUGCAUCUGCACUUCUGCUUAUUUCAAAACUUUGAAAAUAAAACUUGUAUUGAACCAGACAAUAAUUCUGGAAACUAUCUUCAUGCAUGUUGAUAAACAAGCUGUUGGGAAGGUUGCUUUGAAAUUUCCGUUUUCUGGACCAAAAUUAAUCCACUGUAAGACAGUUGAGCUGCCUGCAUAAAAGCCUGAAUUGUAAGAAAAUGUCUGUUUUGUUUAGCUGUCGAAGAAGAAUCACCUGACUAUGAUGAAGAUACCAGUAUGGAGACAGGUGAAUGCCAAGAAAGUUGUUGAUAUAAUUUAGGCUAUAGAUAUAAUAUUGUUUAAAACACUUUUUCUCACAUUCAUGGCGUGAUCAAGAACGACUUUCUCAAUGUUUUUGUUUUCUGCUGUAGAAGGACAGGGGGGUACGUCUGCUGGUGCAUCUGCUGAGAGUAGUUCAAACAACAAACUGCCCACAAUUGUUAAAACUACGACGGAGGACAAUACUGCUGGUCAAGCAAAACCAAGCGAAGAGACGGUAGCAAAGGGAAGUGCAGAGAAAGCCGAGGGAUGUACCGAGGAAAAGAUGGAAGAAGAUGGAACAGAAAGCAAGACAGAUGAUGAUAAAAAGGAGAGCGUGGAGGGAGAGGAAAAAGCUGGAACAAGUGAAGAGAAGCCGGCCGGUGAACGUGCAGUAGAAAAAAUGGUGGAAGAUACCACAGAAGAAAGCAAGGUGGAGGAUAAAUCCAGUGAUGAUAACAAAGAUAAAACUGAGGAGGAACAGCAGGGAAAUGACAAUAAAGAUGUGUCUGAAGACACGAAUAAAGGCGAUAAAGAAAGCACGAGUGAAGAAAACAAAGAAGUAGAUGAUGCAGUUGGUGAAAAUGAAGAUCAGAAAGAGCCAGAGGGACAGAAAGAGGAUGUUGAGGAUGGUGAAAACAAGACAACAGGGGAACAGAAAGAGGAUGUUAAGGAUGGUGAAAACAAGACAACAGGGGAACAGAAAGAGGGUGUUGAGGAUGGUGAAAACAAGACAACAGGGGAACAGAAAGAGGGUGUUGAGGAUGGUGAAAACAAGACAACAGGGGAACAGAAAGAGGGUGUUGAGGAUGGUGAAAACAAGACAACAGGGGAACAGAAAGAUGAUGUUGAUAAAGACAACAAAGAUGAGGAUGUCAAUGUUGAUGAGGAUGUUAAUGAUGAGCAGGUAUAAAAUGGCUACAAACAUUUUGGAAAGCUGUGGAUUGAUAGAGAUUCUUACCUGAGAAAUAUUAGCAGAACUUUGACGGUUCGAGCGAAGGCCCUUCGUUUCGUUGAACUUCUUAUAUUUUUCAGGUAGUUGAAUUUCUUUUUUUUCAAUCCGAAACUUUCCAGUUAUUUGUCACCACAUACUGUAGACCAGCAUAGACCGUUCGAGAUUACAAGAUGUUUUGCUUAUUAUAGGUUUUAAAGUCAAAUAGACAAUACAGCCGCAGUUUGAGAGAAAUAUCUGAAAAAUACAAGAACCUGAAGUUCUGCUUGUAUUUCUCAGGUAAAUACAUGGAGAACUUCGACGUUUCGAAACGUUGAAGUUCUUCGCGACGAAGGCCCCAACGAAGGGCCGUCGCUCGACUUCCCGACGCUCGACUUCGCGACGAAGGGCCUUCGCUUGAAACGGUGAAGUUCUCUCUGAGGUUUUCUUGUGUUUUUCAGAUAGUUGCAUCCCUACUAAUCUGAAGCUUUCUUGUUAUUGGCACUACCUACUGUCACAGAAUACUACACAGAAGUCCAUCUCCAUUGUUUUUUGCGUAAGCGUUAUUCGUCAAAAUUCGUCACUCAGCAAGUACCGUAAACAGAGCAGCCCCCUGGACAUGCGCCAUUUUGAGUAAUUCCAGGGGGGACUGCUUCUGUUUACGGUAUUUGCUGAGUGACGAAUCAUGACGAAUAACGCUUACGCAAAAAACAAUGGAGAUGGACUUCUGUCUUCCGUGUAGUAUUCUGUGCUACUGUACACUGGCAUAGACUGUUCAAGAUACUAAAACUAGCAUCAAGUAUUCGUUCAAAACUUGAAAGGCCUUGGAUGUCCUUGAAUUUAUAAAGAAGGGCUUGAAAGUCCUUAAUUUCUUCUUGCCUUCCUUUUUGGAUAUUUUCUGAAUUCUUUGACAUUAAAAAACGGACAUUUUGUUGAAUUGGUUUUAUUAAUUUCUUACAAAGCCUUUUGAAUGGUUUAACGUGACUUUUUACUGAUUUCCAACGCCUCAAUUUUCAUACCUUAAAUAUUUUAAUUUCCUGAUGCAUAGCCUUGAAAGUCUUUGAAAAGUCCUUGAAUUUUACUGUUCCCAACCUGUAUGAACCCUGUUUAAACUAUUAGUCUUGAACUAUUCUUAUCUUGAAUAACAAUAGGCAAUUCCAGCUUUUAGUUUAUGCGUGCAGGGGACGAUGGGAAGUAAGGUAUCACAUCGCUGAUUAUGCUGAAAAAAUAAAAAUGGCGGCCGUGUAAACACGGAGUGAUAGCUUAUACUUGUAAAUAUUGAAAUAUUUCGGUUGUUUUGGUAGUUUUUAUUGACAUUUUUCAGCAUAAUCGGCAAUAUGAUACCUUACUUCCCAUCAUCCCCUGCACGCAUAAACUAAAAGCUGGAAUUGCCUAUUAAAUAGUAUUAAUUUCGGGGUGAAGGACCAGCAAAUUUUUUCGAGAUUUUUAAAUAUAGCUGUUUUUAGAGCGGCUGCCGUUUGAUCGAUUUAUCUUUUACUUUUUUGUGUGUGUUUUGGCAAUCGAUUAUUCUCAACGAUAAUUGAAUCAAUAAAACAGUCAUGCAUAGCAUAAUUGGAUAACUUUCUUCCCCGAUUGAAAAAACCGAGGAGAUGGUUUGUUCAUGUGACGACUUGUUUUUUUCUUCUCUGCUACCAUUAGCGCUCCCAUUGGCCGUCAAAUAAAAAGUUUAACCAUGAGGACGUGUCUAGAUUUAUUCAAUACGAUUUAUCGAUCAUUGAUGACGAUUAAUUGAUUACGAUGACUAACCGAUGGGAACAUCUCUAGCUUUUGUAAUAAACAAAAACACUUAAUAUCUACAAUCAUAUUAUCUUUACAUAAAACUUCUUUUAGACAACCGAUGAUGGUCCAGUUUCUACAAUACAACUUGCUUGGGAAACGCUCGAGUUAGCAAGGAUCAUUUUUAAAAGGUUUGCAUUUUUUCUAAAACCACGGAAUCGUUGAUGCAUAACUAACUCUGUUUACAAAUACAGUAUCACUAAUACAGUAUCACUCUCAUCGAUCUGCAUAUUGCAUUUAAUAAAUAUACCAAUUAAGUUUGUAAAAUAUUAAGUCUGAAAGUAUUACAAAAAGAUACUGUUCAAAUAAAAAAAUCUCUUCAGAAUUUAUUGCUGGGAGAUAUGAACAUCUAUGUAUUAUGCAUAAAAAUGGAAGCAUGUAAUCAGUACAUCAAUAUGUAAAAUUUUUCCACAACAUGAAAUUAACAAACAGAUAACAUUUUACUGUUGUCUGUCAGUGAUACCCUGUAUGACGUCAUGUGGCCCACUGGCUGCCUUGCCAGGUUAUGACGUCCUAUGUGUAUAUUUAACUAAACAGACAACCACAAAGUGUUAUCUUCUUGUUCGGUAUAACCGGAAGGUUGGAAAAUUAGCUAGUAAAUAUUGUAAAUUGAGUUCGUACCCAAAAUGUUUGGGCGGUAAGUGCAACAGGAUAGCCGCCAUUCCACGUGAUCCCUGAUCUAUCCGCACGUCGUUGGUUCGUGAUACUACUGGGAUCAUAGAGAUUAUAAAUAACACUAGAGGAGGCAUCGAGUUUAAAAAUUGGGAACGCAGCUAAUGGGGGGCAAAUUCAAGUCCCGGAUAUAAAAUCGUGCUCUCAUUGGCUGAUUUGAAACUCGUCACCAAUGGGAACACGAAUACACAUCCGGGACUUGAAUUUGCCCCCCAAUAGUCGCGUUCCCUUUUUUUUACUGAAUUAAGAUUACAAUGCCUCCUCUAGUGUUAUUUAUAAUCUCUAUGACUAGGAUUGGCUUACAGAUCUUCUGUCACUGUAAUGACGUCAUCCGUGCAUCUGUUCUGUAAAAGAUCAUUGUUCUCGACCAAUCCCAAGGCAGAUUCGACUUCGAUUAUUAUGAAAUUGUGAUCAACGCUACAGUAGAACAUGCAGAGUGUUGGUAGCCCAAUCUGGAUAUAAAAUUGUUCUGUACUUUCUUUUUAGACAUAGCAAUACAGAAAUGCAGUUAAAACUGGCCCAAACCCACUUACUGUUGGGUGAAAUACACAUGGAACAAGGUACUGAUUAGUAAUAUAAUGUGAAUUGAAACACCGUAUUACUAUAGUUUCUUACUUUACUAUGAUACAAUAUACUCGUGAGAAAAACGCACUGACAAACACUGCGUUGUCAACAUAAAGUUUACUAAAGCCGUCAAGCGGCCCGGGUUUCCACUUGAGUCAACUUUGUGUUGAGAAACCAUGCGAUUUUUGGGUUUUUCUCAUGAUUUUAUUUUAUCGUGUUUCCUGAUGAUCACUCUGCUAUACUGACAGCAAUUAAAUGUAGUACUGACAGCAAGUAAAUGUGCCGUUCUUCGUAUAUUGUUUGUUUUAUUUUAACAGAACAGUUCUCUGAUGCCGUAAGCGAACUAACAAAAUGUCUAAACAUUCAGAAGAACUUGCUGAAAUCAGAUGACAGACUUCUUGCAGAGACGUAUCUUUUUAUUAAGUAAUGAAGCUAGUUAUUGUGCUUUCUUUUUUCCUGAUAUAUGAAUCAGUGUACAUGACCCACAAAUGCUUGCUUGCUUGCUUAGCAUGCAUAUUUAUAAGUAAUAGCAUAGAAAGAGGCGAAUUAGCUAUUAAAACGUCCCGCCCCAUGAGGGUCGUUUAGUAAAAUUCCCUUGGGCGCCGCUCGAUGAGGGUCAUUUAGUAAAAUUGAGGGUCAUUUAGUAAAAUUCCCGAGGGCCUUCGGCCACCCUCAUCGAGCGGCGCCCAAGGGAAUUUUACUAAACGACCCUCAUCGGGCGGGACGUUUUAAUAGCUAAUUCGCCUCUUUCUAUGCUAUUACCUUGUAAUAUCAUGAUUGCGGGUAUUCCCGUUGUUCUCGCAGGGCCAUUAAAAACAAUUAACAAUAAAUAAUGGUAUAAAUUAAAUGGUAUAAUUGUUUUCCAUGUCUUUGUUUAGUUUUGGCGAUUUCAGAUAUAUUCAUUUUUUCUAAUCGUACCCGCUUUGACGUCGUUUCGGAUAGGAUUACAACUAAUUCUACCUGACAUGACGUAAAAGCGGGUAGGAUUAGAAAAAUGAAUAUAAUGAGGUGUAUUAGUUAUUAAUUGCCCUGCGAGAACAAAGGGAAUACCCGCAAUCAUGAUAUUACAAUAUCAAUAUCAAUUAAGAGGUCAUCCAUAAUUAUCAACAAUUUCACAUGCGUACAAAGCGUACGCUGGGAGGAAGGGAGGGAGGGGUUGACGCUUUUGAAAAUGUUGAUUAUAGACUCCUCUUCAUCAUUCCUGAGAUUCAACAUUUAAGAGUACGAUCUCGGUGGGAGGAACAGGGGCAUUAAAGUGGGGACCGCUGGGACCGACGGUCGCAGGCACAUUUCAGAAACAACCUUCUUGCAGGCACAUUUCUAAGUUAUAAAAUAAAUUUCAUAAUUCUUAUUUUAUUAUAUAUUUUACUAUCUGUUACUAUUAGUCUAUUAAAAUAUUUUGUUAAUAGGGACAGUGACAAGUUAAAAUUUCUAGAGAACAACUACAAGUGCACGGUGCAUGCACAUGAAUGAUUGUGAGCUUAAAAUUCUCGAUUUCUUGGACCAAAAAUAUAUAAAGCCAUCUCAUAAGCCAGCCUACUAAUCGGCAUCUAUAGUAAUUCAUGGCUGAUAGCUCAUCACGUCGUGGUUUGGCAUGUUGCAUGAAGACAUUUUGCAGGCACAUUUUCAAAUAAUCUUUGCCGUCGCAGGCACGCAAACAAGUUAACGAUCCCUGGGGAGAGAGGGGGGGGGUCUAUCAAAAGUAUACUCUCUGUACGCUUGUAAAGAUGUUGAUAGUUAUUAUGGACGACCCCUAAUGAGAUUUACAGAUUACAUUGACUAAUUAACUAAUCGAGGGCUGAGGCGAUAUUAUGGGGGCUUCGGUGGACAGUCAUCGGACCAAGCGCUUUUCACCUCUGAGAUCGUGGGUUCGAAUCUCGCUACGGGCUCGUGUGAAAAGUGUCCACGCUCUGCCGAAAGUCGUGGGUUUUCCCAGGGCACUCUGGUUUCUUCCCCCAGGGAAAGUUGACUUCCCACUAGGAUAAACAUAGUUAGGAAAGUAAUAUCACAACUUUUGUAAAGAUAAAUAGUCCAGGCUAUGUAGGUAAUAUAAGUAAGCGUAAUGUAAUCAGUCACUGAAAAGCCCCAAUGGGAGUGAGCUGAAUAAUAUAUGUAAUGAGUUUCAUCCUUGACUACUUGUAAGAUACUAUAAUCUAGGUCUGGCAUACACCUUAUCCAUGUUGUAUGAAGAAUCAGCCAGCCAUUAUGGUAACGCAACUGAAGUACUUGAAUUACGACUAAAAAACAUUAAAACCAGAAUUGAAGAGGCAGAACAACAAGACAAAGGGAAAGGCAAGGCUUCAGAUGAUGAUCCCUUAGUCAAAGACAGAAAAGAACUUGCCGAACUUGAAGAUUUAUUACCUGAGGUCAAAGAAAAGGUAAGUCCAAACUGAUCAUGCGCAAAACUAGCAUGUGCACCACACUAUUUUUUUAAUAAAGCUUAUGAUUCCGAAUUAACCAUCAGAUUUGUAACAAACUAACAGACUAACAAAGUAACAAACUCGCGCAACGAAUAUAAAGCGAUACCUAACUUUGUUUGGGCAACGUAAGAGAAUUUACGCCCUUCGGUAGUGGCCCUCGCGCCUUAACCCCCGCGCCCUCAAUUAUAAAUAUAAUUUGGGCAAAAAGGUGGGAGGAAAUAAAAUGAAAAGCAAGAAAUAGGUAAGAUACCAGUCGAAAAUGCAAAUGAUAUGUAAUGUGGGAAAUAUUUUCGGCCCUUCGAAAGUUUUUGCUCCCUCCCCCCCCCUCCCGUCGACAAAAUGCAACAAAAUGCUAUUAUUUACCUUAAAAUAAGGCAGAUUAAUCUAGGGUUAAUUAAAGCCAACAGUCUAACAGAUUGUUUGUAAACUUCACAUUGUUUUGUCUGGAUCAGUAGAAGUUUUAUUUACAGUUAAUAAUACCGUCCACCUGUAUUAUUAACUCAUAAGGGCUAUUGCUAAUCGAGCUUUGAACAACUGGCCUCUGGGUUGUUAAAUAUAGGGCGUUGCAACGCCAGUGAUAUAAGCAGCGCCCUGUGUGAUAUGGUUUGGUUUCCACGCCAAAUUUCAUAUAAUGCUAUAAUUUUUGCUUUACUUCUAUUUGCAGUGUCUGGACGCAAAGAAUGAAAAUGAGAGAUUGAAAAGUAAUAUCAAAGAGAAGGUAUGAUUGGCAGAUUGCGUUUAUUUUCCGAACAGGGGGGUUAAGGACAAUAGAAAAUGAAGGCGGGGGUGAUUAAAAGAGGUUAUAUCCUCAUGUUUCGCGCACAAAUGGGGUUAAGGUUAAAGAAGGGAUUGGGGUGAAGAUCGAAGAGAUAUAUUCGUGCGCGAAACAUGAGAUAUUACCCUAAAAGACCUUGGAAAUCCAGGGGGAGGUGAUUAAAAGAUCAAACUCCAGCGAGCUUUUACGAUUAUAACCAUAUUCCUGGGGUAUCUGCACUAUCUGGCAAUGAAAUCGUAGAAAUUCCUAGGGAGGGGGUAAAUAAACCGAAUUCCUGGGGGGGUCACAAUUUAAUUGUUAAAAAGAUGUUCACAACCCUCCUGUGCAGAAAAUAAAUGCAAUCUGCCAUGUUCAUGAUCAGAGUCCAUUUAACCUUCUUCAUUAGAUAUCAGAUCAGUACCUAGACUUCUGUCACCAUUUAUCAUACUUCGCCGUUUAGCAGAUAGUUUAUGUUUGUCUAGUGUAGCUAAAUGAAUGUCAGAGGUAAUGCAAUGGUCAGAAAUAGUACGUUAAUUCAAUUUUCUGAAGUAAAACGUGUAUUCAUUUUUCAAUCGUCUAGUUGGGACUAACGUCGGCAGGAUUUGAGAGUUCCUCGUUAUCUACGUGUAGCACUUCUUGUUCGGUAAGUAAUUGUUUAACUGCAGGCACCAGUAUAGGCAUAGCAAUCGAGAAAUUUUCCUUCGGGAAUGCUAUUGCCAUAUUUUUUAGUCCAGCUCAGUAGUAUUUGGAUAAUGCACUUUUUUAUUUAAGUCCAAAUAUUCACAUAUCGUGAUUGAGCGUUUGGAUAAUAAUUGCACCAUAAUUCAGUUUUUUAUCAAUCUCGUGCCCCGAGCCUGCGAUCCUCGGAAAGGAACGCGAGGCUCUGGGAUAAUCCGUUUCAGGGAGGAAUCUGAUUGGCCGUUGAUACGGAAUGCGUGGUUCAAUCUUAGCCAGGAUUCCUGGCGUAAGCAACGGAUUAUCCCAGAGCCUCGCGUUCCUUUCCGAGGAUCGCAGGCUCGGGGAACGAGAUUGAGUUUUUUAUAUGAUAAGUGAGCUAACUCCUGUGUUUCAAAACAACCUCGUACCCAGGUUCUCAAUCUUCGCUCCUACCUCGCUUGAAUUGAGGCCCUUCUGUAGGCUGGUCACGUGACCCGUCAUAUUUUGGCGGAUUUACUCAAUUGUUUUUAGAGAAAGGAUAGUAACUUAGAUGUUUUGUUUUGUAAUGUUAUUUUAACAAUAUUAACUGUUUACUACAAUGUCUACUUACUAUACUUUCCCUAAAACAAUUGAGCAAAUCCGCCAAAAUAUGACGGGUCACGUCACCAGCCGAUACCAGGGUCUCAAUUCAAGCGAGGUAGGAGCGAAGAUUGAGAACGAGGUUGGUUUCAAAAUAGAAGUCCACUAAUCGACAAUUACCCCUUUCACUGCAUGGUAAACUAAAUGCAUGUAUUUUGUUGAACUGCAGGAUAAACCAGCGACUGACAUCGGUCAUCUUGUGAGAAAAAAGGUAUGUUUUGCUUCUUGUUUCAGGAAGGUUUACCACGAGUUUAGCUAAUUUGGUAGUAAUAUUCUGAUUCAUCUUAACACUCCACACGCCGGUAAAUUGGGGAAAACCAACGUGAUGCAGGGUGUUAGCCAGGCGGCCGUCCGACCGUCCUACGGACGGCCACUUCUGAAUUCGGACGGCUAAAUUUUAGUGGACGGCCAUGGACGGCCUAAGGGAAUAUUUUCUUUAAAUAGCAAUUUACAAGCUUUGUAAUAUUUCUUGAAUACUUCGAAUUGUUGUCAUCUGCUGUUUACUUUACUUAUGGCAUGUUUUUUAUAUUUUUUCCCGUCGAAAACACGUUGAAUAUGGCUGAAUUGAAGUAUCGACAAACGCUAUCGCUCGAGCGCCACGUGCUUUAGAGUUAUACUUACGGUAAAGGUGGCUACAAAAUGAGCCAAACGCAUAAAAAAGGGGAAAAAUAUCGGUGAUUGAUAAAAAUAACUAAACACUACACUGCUGUAUUGCAUUCUUCAUUAUAGCAUAUACUGUACAUCGUAGUGAUCAUACGGUUCAUACCAUACGUGUGCUUUUACUAAUUUAAUAACGGAAAUGUGCAUCUAAAACUAAAAAGGUUCAACGAAUAGAACACCACAAUUCCACAACAACAAAAAAUUGCGGUCACGCCCAAAAACAUGUGGCCACGCCCACAAAAUUAUUUUGGACGGCCACUUUCGAAAUCCUGGCUAAAACCCUGACGUGAUGUAUAAUCGGACACCAUUACCCUCCUUGCAGACUGCUAUCCCAAAUCCCUUCUCGCGUUAAGCUACCGGUUUACACGCUGCGAUUAAUCGUGUACGAUUCAUUUUCUGGCGUAUGUCAUUGAGUAAACACGCGUAAGCUGGCUGCAUUUUAACGAAACGGCAUUUGAAUUAUGGCGUCUGCACUCAUUUUAAUACGCCUGAAUACGAAUCGAACACGAUGAGCGGGCAUUAAUGCCACAGAGGAGUGACAUACACAGUUGUAACUAGUUUACCCACUUUUUUUGUGCGCAUGCUCGGCAAGUUACUAGAUGCAUGCAUCCGAUUGGAUGACGACCUGAUGACGACUCACUUUAAACUUGCUGAGCACGCGCAGUUGAUCAUUUUUUGCCCGGUCGCCUGAAAAAAAGUGGGUACAUGAAAACGUAAGCUUCCGCAGUGUUUACAACGGUCAGUUACGUCUCUGUAUGUCUCUACUCUGUGGUAAUGCCAUUAUUUACAAGAUUGUGAAAAGUCUGUGCCAGUGUAGGUAGUGCCAAUAAGAAAGCUUCGGAUUGAUAGGAAUACAACUACUUGAAAAAUAUGAGAACUUUGAAAGCCCUUCGUUGGGAGGUUAGUCAUUUACAACAUUGCAUGUGCAAUGCUUUCAUGUACGGACUUACACAUGAAGACAUUGUGGCAGCUGUUCGUCCUCGCGCCACUUACUGCACGGUAUAGAAUGUGAGCUCAUAUUACAGCACCGUUGCAUGGUUGCCCUGUGAGAACAUCACGAGAACGAACAUUAUACGUUGUGUAAUGACUUUAUUUAUUCCCUUAAGCGAAAACCGAAAGACGAUGAAAACACCGAAAAUAUCGAAGCUCCCGCGAAGAAACCACGACAAGAGGGCGAAAGUACAACGACGCAACCCGAAAAUGGCAAUUCUACAAUGGCAAAAGCAAAUGGUGAUGAACCACAAUCAUAGUAGUCUAGUUACGUUCGCUAGCAAACUCUCACCAAACCUUAAUGAUAGGAAUACAUAUACAGUUUUGAAAAUAUAGUAACUAUUUAACAUUUACUACAAGUAAUUUAGUAUAAUUUGUUUAGUAUACCGAUUAUAGUUUAUCGAUUAUAGUUUAUAGAAAUAUAAUAGUAAUUAUAAAUAAUUAUAGUUUGCUUUCCGUUUGUUUGCUAGUAGCUCGG